CAUCCGUCGGCUGGUCCUCCGUUCCGUGGUUGCAGUCAGUCCGCUGCCAGACGCGCUUCGAGUAACAUGUAUGCUGCAAGGAUAUUAUUAAUUCGAAGUCUGCUUUGGUAACAAGCUCUAAACAAAGUUCUAACCUCAAUCCUGUGUUUGAUAAAUCAAAAUCUAAAUUAUAUAGACUUUAAAAAGUAAUCGAAAACUUAGCAGUUCACAUCCGUGCGCAAAGUUCAUUGGUUUAUAAGUCCGUAUUAAGUCUACGAACUCUUGCCGGUCAACGGCACUAGCUGCCUUCGGUAGCUCCGCGAUCGUGCAUCAGCUGCCAUCCUGUACAGUAACAUAACCUGCAGAGGUUACCGUUAAAUCCAACCGGUAAUUUCCACGCCACUUUUUACACGCUAAGAUCGACAAAGGAAUCUUGAAAAAUCUCUCUGUCCAGGCCAAGUUCGUUGAUACUUGUGACUGAGAAAAUACGUACUUUUAAUAACACGAUAGAAAAUUGUGGUUGCGCUCAGGCCAGACGCUGACAAAAAAAAAGACGCUACGGACUCGAGUUGGAGGGGAGGCGGGUUACGUUUCGUGGAAACCAGUUCUAACAGGCACAAAGGAUUACAGAAAAGUCAUCGUCUACCAAUUCAAACGGCCAGCAGUUUUCUCUAUACUCCAACGAAAAUCUACUGUCGUUCGUCUUAACCUAAUUUGUGUCUUGUGACUUCUACGUCAUCCAUUGUCGUAAAUUUUGUUGGUGCUGUUUGUGCAAGUGACUUUUGACUGUGCUAAUACGUAAAUCGAUUUAUCGUUCGCUCGUCGAAAGCGAUCGUAAGCGUACGGCAUCAUUGCUACCAUUUUGAAGAAAAUCACCGAGGCGAUGAAAACCAGGGCGAUCAGCUGACUAGCGGAGUUGUUCGGCUCGGGAAUGGGUGGAAAUUUUAGUCGGCACGUUGAGCUUAAAAACGCUCAACUGCAACAACAACAGGAACGUCCAAUUUGUUCAGUGAUGACGUUCGGCACUUCGCUUCACAGCGAGAAGGCCCACUUCGCCAAUGACAACACAAGCCGGCCCAGCACAGUCUCUGCCGAAGAAGGAAUGCUGGCCAAUGGAUUUGGAGGAAGGUUAAAAUGUCCAGCCCCGAUAUCACGACUAAGGGUGGAAAAGAUCGAGGGUGGUCUUAUGGUCGCCGGUGUUGUCAUUGCUGCCAACUGUCAAAUCGCCCUGCCAGCUUUUGGUUUCCUCUUCAUGCUGGUCGGUGCUGUUCUCACCGCGGCCUCUUAUCGGGGUCCUGGCGAAGACGAGGACAAGGACUCUUAUGCGGCGAGGAUCGCUUUCACCGGAAACUCUCGGGUCCUCGGACCUAUCUGCAUCGCCGUGGGCGCCCUUAUGCUCGCCUUGGGCGUAUUUCUAUGUAUGCUCACGCGUCGCGCCAGGCGACGGGAACGUCGCGUGGGAUAUCAUUGUCCGUUGCACGGUGACUUUUAUCCCGUGAGUCCUGUCCAGGAUGUCAAGAUACUUGGUGUCUCUGCUAAGGAUGAUGGAGGAUGGCCAAGGAUUCCUUGUCUCAAGGGACGCGCAGGAAGCAAAGGCACCGGAAACGGUGGUGCGGGUACGCACGUGGGACCGCCACAGUGCCCUCAUUCUGUUCUGAGCAGCACUCGAAGUUCUGUGAGCAGUUCGCCCCUCAGCCCGUGUCCUACGCCUAUGCCCUUCCUCGUGACUUCGGGAUCUGUCAGCGGGAUGGUGCCGACCGUCGGUGCCAAUUUGUCACCGGAUCAAACCUUCGGAUCCAUUAGGUCGCUGUCAGUGACACGUGAGGUCGCCAGCUUCCCUCUGUCACGAACGCCGACGCCACCACUGCAACAUAGGCCGGCUGUCUUGGCUGUCAUGACAGAGGACAACGCAGUCUCUGGCAGUCCACUGAGAACGGAAGCGUCACCCAGACCGGAAGUGCGCGUGGUCGCCCCGUCUCAUCGACCAUCUUCCGCUGCCACAGGAACAAGCAAUCCAAAUGGAAUACCAACUCGCAAGUCCGUCAGUAUUCUCCUGCCUGAUCACAAGGCCGGAUGACCCCAACAUGGCUUCGUACAUCGUUGCGAUGAGAAUCCUUCAUCCAUUUCAAACGAAUUUUAAUAACCGAUGAGACUUAUUUCCUCUUACGAAUUCCAUAAUGCGAUUAAUAUUCCCAAUAAGAUGAAAAACGACUCGUGAGAAUUGCAUUCGCUCCGUCGAUAUCCGAUUAUCCAUAUAUUAUGGAGGAUUAUUCUUUAGUCAGAGAUGGACAAUUAAGUAGGCACUUGACAAGCGUCGCGACGUCUAAGCCUCGUUUUCUAUUGAUUGAUUUUUUAAAAUAGAAAUCGAAGGAACUUCAUGCGUCGUGCUCACACAGAAUUUAUAGAUAUAUGCUGAUAUUAUAUACAGCAUGCUAGAAGUAUGCUAAAUUUGUAUUACGAGAUAUUGAUCGGUAUAUUUAUUUUAUUGAAUUUAAAUAUUUUAUCUAUCUGGAUUUAUCUGUGUUUCUGGAAAUUUUUAUUUCGGAAAAGAAUUCUUAUGCGCGCUUCAGUGGUUCGAUGUAAAGUAAUCCCGAUUCCACGCUGAGGUCGAUCUUUGUAUAAUAUAUUGAUAACGAUUAGAGAGGACGAGCAUAUAUAUGGUGUAUCCUUCGACUUCAAUGAAAAAAAUAUUGAAGCGGUAACCGCAAGAAUUUUUUUUGGAGCAUCGUACCAGAUUGACUCCAACAGCUAUUUUAUUUAAAAUCUAAAAAAAUUAGUAUUCCAUUUAUUUGAUCGAUUUCGGGAAUGUGCAAUAUUAUAUCUAUGACUUACUGAGAAUUCAAUGAGAUUAGAUGGGACGUUAGGAAGGGCUAAUAGCGCCGUUCAACAGAAUCGGUACCUCAAGACAAUCCACUAAUUAUUACGACUGUUUGAAAAUUUUGUAAUCCACUUGCAAAAGUGACUUUGAUCGGACUAUAAUUUAACGAGCGACUGAUAACAAGUGAAAGAUGAUAAAACGUAUGGGAUGACGCGCGACAGAGAAUACUCAGAUGUGGAUAUGAAAAUAAUGUAUUAUCGAAGAAAACAUUUUUUUCGAAUUCGCGCAUUUUUAACAGAGAUAUUCAAACGAGUCGAGUCUCAUCGCCUCCGUAUCCCGAAUGCUUAACAUUCCAUCGCGUGAAACUAUCGAUUGCGACAAUCAGGUGAAAGAAGAAUCGCACGGCCGAAAUUACAAAAAUACUGCGUUUCGAAAAUACCUGAGUUAGAAGAAGAAGAAGAAAUAACCUAAAGUGUCGCUCACCAUUAUGCUAUUAUAAUUCGACGUGAUCAUUUGAAACGUAAAACGAAGGUUAAAGAGCCCACUGAUAUCCUUGUACCUUUAAAUUUAUUUAAUCAGACAGUAUCGAACAGUAACCUAUUAAAAAGAAAAAUCCUCAUUAAAUUCCAUGUAAAGUAAAAGUUUCUGUACAACGGAGAAAUUAAAAAUAAAAACAAAUGAGAUUAAAUAAGGAUAAAGGUGACAAUGGUGAAAUAAAUUGGCUUCGAUAAAAGCUCAAUGGUGAAUUCCGAUGGUGCUCCCUAAGUAUGGUGCUUUGAUUGUAAUUGACGAGAGAUAGUUAAUUCGUUGAUGUAACUAGAUUAACGUUGCCAACGGUGUACGGCCGCAGGUGACUGUCGGCACUAAAAAAAAGAGCACGUACUUUUAAGAUUAAUUUAAUUAUAAGCUAACCCCGUAAUUCGUAUUAUGCUCAUUGUACUCUGCCUACUCGGUUGCUCACACGAUAAGCCACUAAUAACGAUCUGUCGAUUUUCCUCAAGUGAAUGAACAGUCGUUUAGUGAAUUGCGAGUGCGAGACAAGAUACCAAAAGUAAACUUGUCGUCCAUCUUGUUAUCUGUUACGGAGCGAAUGGGCAGCUUGAAUUUUACACGUAUCACGGCAUAAGAAGUCUAGUCUUGUAAAUACGUAGGUAGCUGAGAAACUGAACGAUACAACGUAUGCAUAGAAAGGAGUGUGAUAUGCACGUUAUAGAUGCGAUUGGGAUUUGAGUAACGUUCCUUAUCGGCAGGGAAUCAAAGAAUUCUCUAGGAAUAAAAUACCACGGUAGAAUCAUGGUGAAGCGAUGCAAAACGAUCAUGCUGGAUCAUUUAAUCCAAAGAAACCUUGAAUAUUUGCCAUCGUAGUAAAAUUGAUUACUUUUUUUUUUAAUACAGAGUUCAAAAAUUUUGUCUAUCGAAUGACUGUUAAAUCUGUGUUAUCAUCCAUGAAUAAUGCCUACUAUCAAACUCAGGCCUGUUUUAGAUACUAGAUAUUGGCAUCGAUACAAAUAUAUACUUUUAUUCUGAUUGUACGAUGGGUCAAUAUCCAUAGUAUAGACUAUCGAUGAAAACUAUUCUACAUUAAAGUGCAACAUGAUCGCGUUGCUAUCGUAUCUGAAAAUUGCUGGGGAUUGUUUACGUGCGUAGCUUAUCCGAAACUGGUUGGAAAAUAUUUCCAGCUUAUUGGACAAUAUAUUAUGUAAAAUUGUAAUCGUCUAGUAAACAUACUAAUAUUCGUAUGAAUAGCUCACUCGAGAGGUAACACCUUUAUUAAUGAGGAUUUAUGAAAAGAAUUGAUUAUCUAGAACGAAUGUAUCUCGCAAAGAUACUUUAUAUACUAAUGGAAGGUACCGUUGCGUGCUCUAGCCUAUAUUAUGUCCAAACUCCUUAAAUAAUAGCGAAUUAUUAGGCAUUUCAAUUAUUCGUAUGGUAUAAUCGAAUUAAUUGUUAUGAGACAGUGAAGCUUUAAUUUCGUACGAUUAUAUUCGGUUUUACUUAGAAGCAAUGUAAGAGAAGAGAGGAAGAGAAACUAAAUUAUAUCUCAAGUUACACUUUUGGUUGUACCUUAAAAUUGAUCCUUGAUCAAGUAAUUGAUUGAUGAUUCGUCACUGAUAACGCAACGAAAUCGAACUUGCAAGAACGACGGAUGAACCCUCGUUCAAAUGUGUGCCAAAAAGCAAAAUGAGAGAAAAAUAAUAAUAAUUAAUCGCAUUAAGCUCAGCGCUCACGAAAAGCGAAAUCGGUUCGUCGUUUUCAAAAAAAAAAAUUAUACAAGUCCUCGCGCACUCGUUUUCGUUACAAAAAAAAAGAAUAAUUAAACGUCACACUCAUUCGAUACACUCAAUGCCAAAAAUUAUAAAACUGCAUUCAAAAACAAUAAUUCAAAGAAAAUGAACGGUUUAAAAAAGAUACAAUUAUGAUAAACGAAUCUUGCGAACGUUAGACGAAUAAAAAUCACGAUUGUCAGUAGUCAAUCAGACCAAUGGAGCUCACGGGAUAUAUAUUCAAACAUUGUAACAAAUGGACAGAGCCUCAUUAUCUUGAGAUUUUAAAUGAAGAACCCUCCUCCUCGCCUGACCCCUAGAUAUAAUUACGAGCCGUGAGAAUUAAAAAAAAAAAGUAACGCUACCACGUAAAACAAAAAAGAAAAACACCACGAGCUAACUACUCCGACCCGGCCAAGUAUUUGUAUUGCAAUUUUAAUGGAAAAGAAAAAUGAUACCUUCGUAUGUAGACACGUUUGUGAUAGUACGUUUAGGCUAAGUAAGGAAUUACGUUAAAACAGUACAACUUAAAGAUAUAUGAAUAAAUAAAUAAAUAUAUACAGACACACUCCCACUAACACUAGUGUCACACUGUAAAGGUGCACUUGCGAAACGACAAAUACAACACUCAACACUUUAAACACUAUACACGCGUAUACAAUAACAUUAUAAAGGCAUCUACAUUCAUGUAAUCGAAAUAGGUGGGUGCAGUUUUCUUUUAGAUGCUUUUCUCAAGUCAGGAGUUGGUAUCGUGUGUACCCCCUCCCCUCCCCUGACCCCCACCUAUCUCCGAGCCCUCCCCGUAUUGUAUAUUCAAAUCAUUUUUAUCGUUGUUGAUUAAAGAGGCUGAUUAAGUUUAGAUCGUUCUAAUAUACUCGAUAUUUGAUAUAAUGCAGUUAUUGGUAAUACAUUAUUACUUUAAUAUGCAUAAUUCAUAUAGGAAAUCUAUUAUUUGUAAUGUAAUUUAUUAUAGGAUGUGUACCGCUUUUUCCUUCGACGAUAUAUAUUAUAUAUAUAUAUUAUAAUUACAUCUCACAAUUAGACUAUAAACGAUAAGGUAACGCGCGAGAGUAUCCGCGAGGCGUCAUUGAGUUAUGAAUUCGACUGCGAUAUCUCGAUGAAAUUGUUAAGAUAACCGAUAGUCGAAUAAUAAUCGAAAUCGAUAAGUCGCUUAGUGAUUAACUGUUGAGAAUGGUCAGGGAGAAAUGCAAAAUGGGCAUUUUGAUUUUCUUUUUUUACGUCAUUUGUAUUUCAUAUGUAAAUGUUAUAUGGGGUCGUUGUGACUGUAAAAAAAAGUAUACGUGGUGUUUCCUUCGAUACCGGUGAUAGCCCGGUUAUAUUUCUGGUAUAAUAUAUUUAUUAUUCGUUUUCUUUGAAGUUUGGAAAAUUGUAAAGGGGCCUUUGCAAUUUUAUUAUUAUCGUAUAUACUGUCUUUGAUGAAUAUUGCAGAAUGAUUCUUGAACAAUUUCUACCAUUUAAACGGUGUUAGAUGGUUAGCUGAUACUGCAGUUAUUAUCAUUACUAGUAACGGAUAACGAAUAAGAUGAUAUACUCAUUCUAUAUCGUGGUAUACUUCUAUGAUAACCGUAUUACAGAAAAGAUAUAAAGAUAAAGACGUGAAAGAGAGAGACUCUUCGAAAUGUGCAUCUAUCUUGAGCACAGUUUAGCCUGGCUGUUAGAUAAUACCAGUGUCGAAUAAUUAAUUAAGCGACUCAAUCGAAAUGAGAUAUGACCUUCGACGAAUGUAACUCUUUAAUCUUGUGUCCUUCCGCCUUUAAUAUACGAAUCUCACGCACCUUCUUUCCCAUUCCAAAAUGAAUCAUCUACGAAGGACUUUUCAAAGGAUUUUAUACCUACAGGACAUAAACGCCUAGACAUCUGACUCUUGUGAGCUUCUCUCUUUUAGAAUCUCCAUUGUAGAAUUUUUCUUUUUUCGUUUACUUAUCUCUUAUUCGAGUUUCUUCGGGAUUUAAUAUUUGAAAAAUGAGUUAUGGGCGUUGUGUUUAUUGUAUCUUAUAUUUAUUUGUAUAUUGUCGUAUGAAAUAAACCCCACAGUCUUAAGAUUUAA